GCUCAUUUGCAUACUCAUCUACAACCGUCAUCGAGAUGACGGUGCCAUUCCCUUGGAAUCGGAAUCGUGCCGCCUUCUCAUUCGUUCUUUGGAAGGAUCGCUCACACUUUCUCGAAGAAAAGAUCUGAUUCUUCCCUUCCACGUGUUUAUGAAGAUCCGGAUGAACUGGCUUCUUCCAAUCAGAUGGUCGUGGAUGUGCCAAUAGAAGUCCAAAUUCGGUAUGAGAUCGGACGUAUUAUCGGUGACGGUAAUUUCGCAGUUGUUCGUGAGGGAAUCGACAGGCGAACACGAGAUCGUUAUGCUUUGAAGUUAAUUGACAAAAAGCGUUGCCAAGGUAAAGAAGUGGUACUUGAAAGCGAAGUUCAAGUUUUGGGUCGUUUAAGACAUCCAAAUGUGGUUAAGCUGUAUGAUGUCAUUGAUGCCAACAGCAUUCUUUGUCUUGUUUUGGAACUUGUAGAGGGUGGCGACUUGUUUGACGCUAUUGCAGCUGCCGGCAAGUUUAGUGAACCGGAAGCCAAACGAAUGACGUCGGAUUUGGCUUCAGCCCUUUCCGAUCUCCAUUCGCUCAAUAUUGUCCAUCGUGACGUGAAACCGGAGAACCUUUUUGUCGUGAAUUUACCAGACGGAAUUCGCUCCUUGAAACUAGGCGACGUUGGUUUAGCUGAAGAGACGCAUCAACUGCUGUACACGGUUUGUGGUACACCCACUUACGUGGCUCCCGAAAUCCUUCUUGAGACGGGAUACUGGCUGAAAGUGGACGUAUGGGCUAUGGGAGUUAUUGUUUUCAUCCUACUAUGUGGUUAUCCACCUUUCGUGAGCCCAACCAAUGAUCAAGAGGAGCUUUUUGAAACUAUUUUGGCUGGACAUUUUGAAUUUGCAUCACCAUAUUGGGAUGAUGCUAGCCAGAUGGCUAAAGACAUGAUUACGCUCAUGCUCCAAACUGAUCCUGAGCUGAGAUUUUCUGCGGUAGAGGUUCUCCAACAUCCGUGGUUAACGGUCUGUCUUUGAAUGUACAAGUUUCUUAAAUCUUUUAGCCAUUAAUUUUUUUUUUAAUUAUUCGCAGGAGGAUGAAGAUUGGCCCGACACUUAACAGUGUAGUCGUUUAGGACUUCAUUUUGACACAAGUCAUUCUGCGACUGAAUUGUCAGUUGCACAAGUUACUGCUAAAACUUCACCCAAGUCACUAUUAUCACUGUAGGUCUUUAGUUGUACGGUGUCUUUCUCAAUCCUCCGUUUAUCCGUGUUUAGUUUUUUUUCCACCACCCAAUGUUUUUAUUUCUUUAUAUUUUCAAUUCGGUUUAUGCUGGUUAAUGAUAACUGGUGAAUAACAGCCAUUUGAUUUUUUAGGCCGAAUCGACACCUUGUCUACAUUCGUUGCAAGUGCUCUGAGUUGGGUUGCACCAAUAUCCCCUUCGAUUUUCUGUUUACCUUAUAAGCAACACCAAACCUGAUUCCCCUCGAAAAGAUUCUAGGCAUCUAACUCUGAAUUCGAGUCACUUAUUAUUCUCGUCGGGACAUUUAAUUUGUUAUCUCACUAAAUUGACGAUAUUUUUUCAACUCGUUGAUAUCUCUUCUUUCUUUGCACUACUCUAGUCUUGAUUUAAGUUUUAAACUUGUGCGUAACCUUACAUCUAUCUCCUGGGUCUACUUCAACCCCCACACCACUCAGCACCCACUUCUGCCAGCCUCGUUUGGAUUCGUUUUUUACUAGCGUUAUUUUUUCCCCUAUACCCUUCUUCAGUUGCCAGUUCAACCCAAACACCUCCAUCACUACAGCAUUGGAGAUGCCAUUGAAAUUUAUGUGGAAAUGUGGAUCUCCGCGGCGAAGAUUGCCACUAGUAAAAUGAGGAAAUUUGGAAAACAAAAUCAGUUGAUCGCAUGAUCGACACCUACUACUACUAGAACGAAAAUGUCUUGAAGCCUGCAACGAACACGCUUGAUGGAAGAAAGCGAGACAUUCAUGCAACGUAUUUUCUCUUUAUUUUGAGGCCCAAUUGUCAAAAAGGCAUUGAUUUAUGUUGCACAAGUUAUUACCCUUGCUUGUACCGUAUUUGAUACUUUCUUGUACAAGCUUGUGUACACUAGUAGCGUGCAGGAUUAUGGUAGAUGCAUGAAUGCUGAUCCGAGUUGCACCUAAAAAUGUUCUUCAGAUUUAAAAAAAGUUUAGAUGGCAGCUAUUGAAAUAGAAAGCAAAGGGGGAAGGCUAUUGAAGAAGUAUGCAGUUCUAAACCAAAGAUGCAAUUAGAGUUAACUUGUUGGGUUUUCUCCUCAAUAGAAAAUGGGAAGAGUAAAUGAUGCACGACAGUUGCCUUGACGGUUGCCCUUUUUUAUGAAGUGAUUGAA